AAUCAUCCUACUGGAAUUAAACACCAAAAGGGUAAACCACUAUUCUGUGUCCCACAGACUCAUUCUACUGGGAUUAAACACCAAAAGGGUAAACCACUAUUCUGUGUCCCACAGACUCAUUCUACUGGGAUUAAACACCAAAAGGGUAAACCACUAUUCUGUGUGCCACAGACUCAUCCUACUGGGAUAAAACACCAAAAGGGUAAACCACUAUUCUGUGUCCCACAGACUCAUUCUACUGGGGUUGAACACCAAAAAGGUAAACCACUAUCCUGUGUGCCACAGACUCAUCCUACUGGGAUUAAACACCAAAAGGGUAAACCACUAUCCUGUGUGCCACAGACUCAUCCUACUGGAAUUAAACACCAAAAGGGUAAACCACUAUCCUGUGUGCCACAGACUCAUCCUACUGGGAUUAAACACCAAAAGGGUAAACCACUAUCCUGUGUGCUACAGACUCAUUCUACUGGGAUUGAACACCAAAAGGGUAAACCACUAUCCUGUGUGCCACAGACUCAUCCUACUGGGAUUGAAGACCAAAAGGGUAAACCACUAUCCUGUGUGCCACAGACUCAUCCUACUGGGAUUAAACACCAAAAGGGUAAACCACUAUUCUGUGUGCCACAGACUCGUCCUCCUGGGAUUGAACACCAAAAGGGUAAACCACUACCCUGUGUGCCACAGAUUCAGCCUACUAAAAACUACAUAUACCCCAUACUAACCAACACAGCUAUACAAGAACUACAUAUACCCCAUACUAACCAACACAGCUAUACAAGAACUACAUAUACCCCAUACUAA